UUAGAAUUGAGAUUUUAUUUAAUUUCACAAAAAAGGCACAUGAUCGUUUUCUCACGUGACGGUUCCUAUUCAGAAAAUGGAUUGAUCAUCAAGCUUUCCCCUCGACAUCUUGUUUCAGUCAAAGCAACCUAUUACCAAGGCUACCGGAGUCGGACGAGAAACUGAAGUGUGGUUUUCAUCCGCGAUCUCUGUUUCCACGCAGUUGAAGAAAAUGGGGUUGCUCUGUUGGGAUUCAAAAUAAUAUAACCAAAAUGUUGUCACGUUUGCUAUAAAAAGGAGAUCCUGCUUGAGAAGACAUCAGCAAUGGUGUAUGACCAGUCAAUGGAUAAUAUAAAGCCCUCCUCACAUUCGACCCUCUUUACUUACCUCCUGUUCCAGAAUGCCAGUCAAAAAGACAACACAACCCUCCUGGCUGGGCUGAUACGAGCAGAAUGCAACAAGGAUGACUCCAUCCCCCAACAGAAUGACACCUUUUCCACCUAUGAGUUGACACCUGGAGAACUUGUAGCUACCAGCAUGGUCUUUGGAGUACUCUGGCUAAUCUCUGUUUUUGGGAAUGCCUUGGUCUGCUUGGUAAUUCACCGCAGUAGGAGAACUCAGUCCACGACUAACUACUUUGUGGUGUCUAUGGCAUGCGCUGACCUGCUUCUCAGCCUGGGCUGCACCCCUUUUGUCUUGCUCCAAGUGACGUCGGGCCGCUGGAUGCUGAGUGGUGUGAUGUGCAAGGUGGUCAGGUAUGUCCAGUACCUCUCCCCUGGUGUCCAAGUCUAUGUCUUACUAUCAAUCUGUAUGGACAGAUUCUAUACCAUUGUUUACCCACUGAGUUUCAAAGUGUCUAGAGAGAAAGCCAAGAAGAUGAUCAUUGCCUCUUGGGUUUUUGAUGCAGCCUUUGUGUCUCCGUGCUUCUUUUUUUACGGCUCAGUACAGGACAACAGUUGCAAUUUCUUCCUCCCAGAUACGUGGGAGGGAAUUAUCUAUGGCACUGUCCAUCUUCUUUUUGGGUUUCUUCUCCCUUCUGUUCUCAUUCUCUUGUUCUAUCAGAAGGUUGUCAAGUACAUUUGGAGAAUAGGCACCGACGGUCGGACAGUAAGGAGGACCAUGAACAUAGUUCCUCGGACUAAAGUGAAGACUAUCAAAAUGUUCUUGAUGCUGAAUUCAGUAUUUCUAUUGUCCUGGCUGCCAUUCUAUGUUACACAACUCUGGUAUCCCAAGGACUGGAACUCAAGGCAAGGGGCUUUGGUUUUCAUGGUAGUUACCUGGAUAUCUUUCAGCUCCUCAGCAUCCAAGCCUACCCUCUACUCCAUUUACAAUGCCAAUUUCCGGCGUGGAAUGAAAGAGACCUUCUGCAUGUCUUCAAUGAAGUGUUACAGGAGCAAUGCCUACACAAUCACCACUAGUUCGAGGAUAGCCAAAAAGAACUAUGUGGGAAUAGCAGAAAUACCUGUGCCUGCAAAGACCAUCACCAAAGACUCCAUAUAUGACACUUUUGACAGGGAAGCAAAAGAGAAAAAGCUUGCAUGGCCUAUCAAUACAAACCCACCAAACACAUUUGUAUAACCUAAUUUAGGUACUUGGAUGCACAAUGAGAACAACAUUAGCAGCAAGAAAAUAAUAAAGCUUUAUCUGUAUCUGCAGUCAUCACCUUUCUAUAAAUUGUGCUCUACGCAAUGGCAUUUUAUUAACUUUCAUUUUGCAAAAUACUUUGAAUGUCUUUUUUAACUUACAGUGUAUCUUAAUGCAAUUUAAAAUUGUCCUUUUAACAUUACAUUGAAGCAUUGGUACAAAGUGUGUUUUGAUGCAAUGUAACCAUAUAGCAAUAUCAUACAGAUGUCAGAAUGGAGAUAGUGGGCUCUGUCUCCAGAGACACAGUGGCUGUGACCAGGAAGCCCUAGUUCUGCUGCUCUAGGAUGUGGACAGAUGAUUAUGGCUUGUGAAUCCCAAAUCAGAUACUCUGUAUCAGCCUGGCCAGUAUUGACCUUUAAGGCAGGGAAGACUUUGACAUUACUCUGGUCAACCUGGUCAAAAAGAAUCCAAGGAUUGUGAAAGUGCACGUGAAAGCACACUUUAGCAUUGGCUUGGCUUCUCUAAGAAUGGGUAUUGUUCAUGAGGAUUGUGUCCCCUCUCUAGCUGCCACCCAAGCUGUAUCUUCUUUCUACAGAGAGACCUGACCUGCGGAGUAUGUUUCUGAAGAUCACGCUGUUUGUGUUUCUCCUAGUGCACCGCAGGCUUGUUGUGGGCAAUGUAGAUAAAUACUCAUUAAACAGGGAUACAGUGGGGGCAACUAAUUACUAAUGAAUCUGUCAGUUACUUUUUGCUGAAAAGAUUCAUUUUCAUGUGGAAUCAAACAUUUGGCCACAAUCUAAUUGAUGCAUUAUGACAACAAAAUAAGUGUAUCAUUUCUUGGGCCUGUAUUGCAAAAUGUAAUUAGGGUGGUGAGGACUCUAUAAGCACUGAAAAGGUUGCACUCUGUUUGCCACCAGUGCUGAAGAUGAGAAAAUGAAAGGGAGAGUUUCCAUAAUAGCUGAAUAAUCUGCUAUACAUUUUUAACCAACUCUUAAAAUUGUUUUUCUUUCUCUUCCUCUGAACCAAACAUUUUGCUGUUGUGUUAAUAUUAUUAUUUUUUAAAUCACUGAAUAUUUUAACUGCGUCAGAAAUACCUACUAGUACAAUACAUUUUACAACUACAGUUCUUCAGAGCCUAUUGUACUUAAUUAUGGUAAAUCAGAAGAUGUCAGAAUGCCAAACUGUUCCAAUAUCAGAAUAAGCAGCAACAAUGUAUAUGCAGUGAAGAUGUCAGUUUCAGUUUCUCUUUAUUUCCCGUUCUAUAGAAGCCAGAGUUUGCAGUAGAUAAAUCACUUAUGAAAUAAUAAAUUCACCUGUAAAACUAAACAAUAUUUUAUAAUAUUAUUUCAAUUAGUGAAAUAUAUUGAUAUAUACACAAACAUAAACACAAUCUGGAACACAUUAAAAUAAAACAGAUCAUGUGAUUUCCUCAUGUGUAGCUUUCUUCACACUGGGCACAAGUUUAUUUCCAAAAAUUAUGUAUAUACAUUGUACAUGUAUUCACAUGUUUUUGAGAAGUUGGAAUUCAAAUCAAGGCAGAGUAGUAAUGUAUUGCAGAAUAAAAAAGUUGAAUCACAGGUAGCAGGAAUCUACUGCAUUACAGUACUACUGCAUUACUACUGCAUUACAUUGCACUAAAUCUCCAAUUACAUAGUACUUUAAUGAUUCUGAACUCUGCCAGAUGAAUGAAGCACAGGUCUACACCAAUUUCUGGAAUUCCCAUGAAGCACUGAUAAGUCCAAUCCAGCAUCUCCACCCUCUCUUGAGGUAACUACAGCGAGGUGGUUUCCAGAACAGAUCCAUAUUCAAGAAAUCCUUACACAUUUCAUAAUUAUUCAUAUGCAAUUAUUUUUAAUGCAAUUAUUAAGAAAAAAAGAUAAUUUCCUUAUUAUUGAGUUUCCUUUUUAGCAGAAACAAGCUGAUUUCAAAGUGAAAGAGGAAUUUUCAAGUCAGAGCACUCAGAAGCACCUCUUCUGACAAAUGCUUAAGACAAUACUGUAUAUGCUUUCUAGAAUCCCUGAUUUCUGUAUACAAUUUAAACUGUCAAAACAUCUCAUUUCUAACUAUAUACAGUAGGGAAUGUAACUGCAUUGCACUUCAGUUGAGGUGUUCAGAAAACACUGCAUUUACCUCCAAAUAGUUUUGAACAUUUAAAUACUUAAUCAUUAUUCUGACAGCCUAGCACUUUCAUAUAAAGUAAUAAUGAAUUGUUCUGCCACAGUAAAGCACAUACAAUCCAUCAAAACAUGGAAUAAAUAAUGUUAAGUACUGUGUUAAAUUUACAAGAGGGUGAUUUUGUGCAUUUAAGACAGCAAUAUUUUUCACUGUCUGCAGUAAAAGAUCUAGUUAUAUAAAGGGCGUUAUACACCCCUUGGUAUUCAUAUUCUUACAAAGUUGAGCAUGCUUUUAUAGAUACAAGGCCACCAAAGACCUGACAGAUAUUCACUUCUAAAGCAUCUUGGCAAGUUUUAAAGCCCUAAUAAAAACUGUCUUUUUCAAAAUGGAGACGUACAGUAUGCAUCUGCUUAUCAUAUUGACUAGAAACUAAAAUGGAAGGCUAAACAAAUGUAUUCGUAUCUUGUAGGUAACACAUUUCAUUUUUCACUUUCUUCUAAUUUUUUAAACAGCAAACUAUAAGUAAUAUUUUAUAGAUACAAAUAUUACUUUAAUUUUGGUUCACAUUCGUUUUGUGUCUUGCAAAAUUAUGUACCAUCCUCACUGCUAUAUUUAUGUACAAAUAAUGUUUAACCCCAUUGCUUGAAAUAGCACAAAUAUCACGUUUAAGUAGAUGAGCGUUAGAAUAUUCUGGUAUUCUGAAGGUGCUAGUAGUACAUUGCAUUGCAUGUUGGUUAACUUAUCCAUGUCAUUUGGUUCGCAUUCAGUGCCGAGAAGGCUUUUCAAAAGCUAUUUUUGUUAAAGUACCGAGAUGACAUCAUAGGUAAUCUAUAGCAGAAAUGAACAUGAGUAACAGGAAAUGGAGCUAGAAAAUAACACUCAGGAAGGACUGUAGGAAACUUCAGAUGAUAUGAACCAAUCAUGAGAAUGUACUAAAGUAAUGAAUAAGGAGUCCAUGUUACCCUUUGUGCAGAACAGGUCACUAGGAGUUUCUUAAUCUAAGGAAUUUAUCAAGCAGGUGUUCCACAAUUCGUACUUUCAGUCCAGAAUAUGUUGAACCUUCGUUUUCUUUUGUCCCCUCUGUUCCUACGUCCAAAGAAAGUUUGAUCUUGUGAUUGCAGUUGCCUUCAUCAGUGUUGUAAAUAUCUCAAUCGCAAAUCAUGUUCUUGUACUUCAUUUAAUAUCGUUUUUUAAAAUUUCUGUCCUCUGUAUCAUUCCUGUCAAAGUUCUAAGUGUUUUAUUAGACCUCCAAAAUGUCAUAAAUGCACAACAUGAGACCAUUUGUUGGCAGCAAUUUUUUAAAAAAAAUCAAUGAAUUGUAUAAUAAAUGACAAAGACUCUGAGAUCAAUGAUAAAGACGAGAUGUGUAUUGUUAAUAGAUAAGUAUCUAUUGUUUUGAUAUUCUACAUUCAAGACAAUAAACUCAGAUUAAAUAGUUAGGCUUCACUGCUCACAACACCACUGUCAAACCUAACCAACGGCCCCAUGUUAUGUUUUCUACAAGUAACUCAUACAAAGGAGUCAAAGGAGAUGCUAGACCAGCUUUAAUAGCAUAAACUGUGAGUUAUACUAACAAAAAAUAGAUAUUUGUAAUUUAAGCAAUCAGACAUCAUAUAUCUUUUUUUGGAAAUGUAAAAAUAUAGCUUUGCCACUCACAAUAAACUUUACAAUACUUACAAUUGAACAACAGUAAGGAAAAGUAAGUAAUUGAAGAGAAGGUGACAUUCACAAAAUUUACUCAGACAUGCAAUUGUUUCUAAAACUUAAACAUUGAUUAAAAACAGCAUAACUGUCUAGAAAAUUCAAUUCUUCCAACUCCAACCCAUGGAGUCUGCAAAAAUAAUUUUACUUUUUCCUGCAUUAGUUUCAGCCAGAUAUAUUAACAAACAGGAUGUUUUUCCAACUUUUCAUUUUUGAGUGUUUUUAAUACAAUACUACAGAGCGGAUAUAUUCAGCCCUGCUGAAUUUCCGAUAACACUUACAAUAGGAGUUGAAACUGCAAUUCACAUAAUGUGAUUAAUGUAAUACAUUAAUAAAGUAUUAACAGAGUGAUAUAAGUGUGCUAAUAAUCAACAUCCAUGGUAGAUUUACUGCAUCAUUAUAACAAAACCAUAGCCCUAGGAUUAUUUACAGAAGGUAACUUAUUACACCUAUAAUACUUUAUGAAUGUAUUAACAGUUAGCUUUUUAUCUUUGGGGAUCAGUGAUUGGGGUUCCAGACUCAAAACCGGGAGGAUGUGUGUUUAUAAUCCAGCUGAGAUAUGGCAGGUACUUCACCCAUAUUGCUCCAGUAAAAUACCCAGCUGUAUUUUGCUAGGUAAAAAUUUAAAUCAAUGUGGAUAAAAAUAUCAGUCAAAUUAAUUAAUUUUCCAACCCCUAAACUAAAGUGUGACUUUUUUUCUAGUGCAAGCUAUAAUUAAAGUGCAAAACAUAACCGGACACAUUUGUCAAUUAAUUUGACUUAGAUGGAGGCUAAAAGAAGAUAGCAGGUAAUAUUGAUUGAGGUGUAACACAACUCCAAGAAAUAUGAAACAGCAAAUGAACAAAUGCCUGUUUCCUUCAAAUAUGACCCAACAUAUAACAUAUAAUAUAGUAAUGUAUGCAUUACUGUGAAGUUUGUUUUAUCCACACAGUUAAAACGUGCUUAAAAACCUCUGAACAGUGCUCACUGGGCUCAUGUGCUUUACUGUGUUACUUUUUACAUCUGGCAUCCUCUUUGGGUAGGAUUUCUGCAAUUGCAAAAUUCUUACAUUACAGAGCAGCCUGGUAUGUAAAAUCAUUGAGACCAUCUGCAGUAGGUGCCUGUGGUAAGCCAAACAAAUGGCAAGAACUCCAGGAUCUGCUUCACUGUGAAGUGCAUGGCACUAUAACAGGAUAGAACUUUAUUCAGUAAACUCAAAAAUAAGAUUUCUUGUUUCAAAGCCUUCACAAUGAACUGUUUAACAAAACGAUUUCCAAUUACAGCUUAAAGAGUAUUUCAGCCACUAUGACUGAACUACAAGCACUCUUAGCAACAGGACAGAAAAUAGACAUGAAAACACAUUAAUAGCUCUAAACUCAAAAGUGCAUCAACAUAAACAGCUAACAAAAAUUUGAACACAUGAAAACAAUAAAUAUUUUUUGCAUUGCAGAUUUUGUCAAAAUUAUAUACUGUACUAGGAGAAGUCAUUACACAUCACAAUAAUGGUAUAAUCGCUAUACAUAUACAAUCUACUAUUAUUGAAAUGUUACAAACUAUAACAAAGGAGGCAUGACUUUCAAAAGUACAGGUUGCUUUUAUCAAAUUCUCAAACAAACGUACUUGGCAAUCAUGUUAAAUAGGUUUCUGAAGCUCUUCACAAUACAGGUAGGAAGUUCAAGUUGCAGUCUAGUUAAAAUUCUACUACAUUCUUUCACAAAAGCUUCUUUAGGCAGUAAUUUUUUAAAAAAUGUAUUUUUUCACAGGUUAAAUGAAUAAUGUCAUGUUUAUACUGCCUAAUUUAGUGUAAAUGGACAUUGUCCAAAACUAAAAUAAUCUGUUUAGCUAUGACCCAUCUUUAAAGUACUCUGUAUUAAUGUUUAUCUUGAUAUUCUAUGCUACAUUCAAGAUAGCUGUGGAUAAGAUUAAAUGCAGACAGAUUUUCAUAUGCUCGGUUACAAAUUUAACACUUUUUAACAUAAACAAUGGGCUAGUUAAAAUGCAUUGGUCUUUUAAGUGAAGAGUUUAAAUGAAGAGAUGCAUUUAAUUUGCCAAACAACAUGCAUCCCAACAUGCAAGGCUAUACAUAAUCAUGUUUAGUACAUGGACUGCAGUACAUGUGUACUUACAGACUCAAUAUAUAUAUAGACUGAUAUAUAAAAGAAAAAAUCUGAAAUUAGCAUUAAUCAGAUACACAUCAAAGUAGUCUUUAGAAACUUAUUUUAGACCCACCUUUCUAUCUUAACAUUCAAUAUAAUUAUAUGAUAAAAAUCUUUUUUUUUAUUUCAUUAUAAAUGAUCUCUUGGUGAUGCAAGGGACUUAAGUGCUCAAUUCAAUAUUCAAAUAAAUAUUAUUGUUGUAAUUGCCAUUUUAUAUUCAGUAGUAUUCAGCCAAUACAAGCCAGAACUCAACUCGGGGUACACGGAUGGCUUAUUAAGGCCAUCUGUUUAGUGCCUACACUGCAUAUGAAGAGCUCUGCAGUUUGCAAAGUCACGGGUCAGGUAACAAGUUUCUUAGAGUGUCCUUUACAACUAUCCACUAAAAGGAGGUAUGUCCCUAGGGAGACAUGGGACAUGGGGUCUAAGAAGUGACAGGCUGGUGCAGGAAGACCAUCUCAGUAUGUAAGAAGUAGAAUUAGCCACAACAGGAAACAGCUGAUUCUCUCUUAUACUCCGGAACAGAAAGAAGCAAAACACUCUGAAUGAGUUUCACUUUUCUGCAGAUCCAAAGCAUCACCAUUUCAGCCUACGCUUUUUGUUACGAAACAUAACUAGUAUCUUUGAUCGCAUAAUGGAAUUAUAACUAUACUUAGGGGGAAAGGGCUGCGGUUUUUAUAAUUGAGGAAAGAUUUGUUUUAGUAUCUGCCAGUAACAGCUUGAAUCUCUGGAAUGCAUUGCUUGGUACAGAGUAACAACUCUAUAUAUGUUACAGAGCAGAUUAUCUUGUAAAGGAUCUUUUGUUGUUCAGAAUCCAGCAUUGUCUCCCUAUUGUCUGCCACGUGGCUUUUAGUUUGCACUAAGGCUCGUCUAUCUUUUCAGGAACGAGAGUAGCUUUGGACUGUAAAAAGCCUGGGUUCAGGGACUUGCAGUCUUUGCUAAUAAUUUGUAAACAGUAGUAUACUGUAUGUGUUGAUUUGUUAGCUUGCAAUAAUGUGUAGUAAAUAAAUAUUUGGCUUUUAA